GUUUUUUACAGAAAUGGCGGUGCCGGGGCGUUAUGAUACGGUGGAGAAGUAUCUUGAGGAGGUUUUCGAUUUUUUGAAAACGUAUCAGUGGGUCUUCAGCUCUCCUAAUACGUAUGUACUUGUGAAUAAAGUGUUUGACCAGUUUCCGAGUGAGUGGUUGCCGUUUUUAAGUGAUCUUUCCAACGACGAAUUGAACGAGUUAUCAGUGGGCGUGGUUUCGGUGCACGCACCGCCUUCACUGCAAUCAUUUUUCCAGAAAAUAAACAAGCUUAGGUUUACACUUCCCAAAAAAAUAAGCUGCGAGGAUUUUAAAUUCCCAAAUAACUCUGGCUUAAGUAACAAGAAACAACAUGAAAUUCAGUCACUAGCUCCUCUGAUACACGAAACGUGUGGACGCAGUGACUGUGAUUUUAUUGUAGAUGUGGGUACGGGUUUAGUAAGAGGGUACCUUCCACGUCUUCUCUACGAUAAAUACAAAUAUCGUGUCCUAGGUAUUGAAGGUUGCCCCCAAAAAUUCAACCUAGCAAAAACUAAACAAAAAAAAUACAGCGAUUCUGACGCCGCUAUAAACUAUGUAGAACACUUCGUUACUAAUGAGUCGGAACAUCACAUACGACAAAUAACAAAAGCCUUUCCUAUGAAACAUGCUUGUAUAACUGGACUUCACGCCUGUGCUGAUUUGAGUGUGAUAAUUUUAGAACUGUUUACCAAACUGGAAUUUUGCAAGUCGUUGGUUAUCAUGCCGUGCUGUUAUCACAGGCUGAAACAAACCGAGGAUGGCUUUGAGAAUUUCCCAGUCAGUAAUUUACUUAAAGAACUGACCACUAAAUCCGGCGUUUUGCGUUUUUUGAAAACUCCUUUUUUGAGGCUCGCGUGUCAAGGAUUUGUUGGCGGAUUUGGUAAUAUGACGCCAGAGGAGCACUUAGCGCGAACCAAUAGUUGCUUGUUUAGAGCUGUUUUGGAAGAUGUGGCCCAAUCAGAGAAUUACCAGGUGAGGCGUCUAAAAAGAAAAUCCGGUAAAUUAAAGCAAGCAGAUGGUCACACCGAACCCUUCGAAACUUACUUAGCCACCCUAAAACACACCCACGCUCUAAUAGGAGGCGAAAUAACUGAUCAUCAAUUCUUGGACAAAAUGCGUGAAAAAUGGACCCAACAUAAAAGGGACGCUCACCUAGUCGAGGCAUUAGCAGCGUUUCAGGCUGCCAUGCAGAGUAUAUGCGAAAAUGUGGUACUUUUAGAUCGAGUUAUGUUUUUAAAGGAGAGAGGGAUAGAAUGUUUUGUUGUUAAAGUUACGGAUCAAGGGAUAUCGCCCAGGUGUCACGCCCUAGUAGCCGUGAAGCCAUAAAAGCCGUUUUAUUGGAGACGAGUGGAAAGUGAUCAGUUGUGUUUUUAACAUGUCUCUUGUCAAUUCGGCAUGUUCUCUUUGCCGGAUGUCUUCCAAGAUUAGCAGGGUGUGAGGAUUAUGCAAAUCGGGAAUAUCUAAUUUAUGCGAAGGAUUAUCAUAAAUUAUUGUGUAAUCAUCAUUUUUGCACCCCUGAAUAAAUUCAUUACAUUACGGAGGAAGGUAUGUUAUCGUUCUCUCACUUCGUGUUGGAAUAAAGCGUUCAUAUAUUUGAAA